GCCACUCGUACGUGCGGCAGAAUUUCCUUUAUCAUUUUGUUGAUCGAUGCCCGAGGCAACGUCAACUCGUCAUCUUCGGUCGGGGAUAUCGUAGCCGAGGCCAUGUCCUGUAAUUCAACAAAGACCACUUAUAAUUCUUAAUACUUUAAAUAUAAAAAGUCUCGCUCGUCUAUACUAUUCACCACGCGUACAGACGUACGCACAAUUAACUGUUUGUACCUUGAAAGUAUCGGCAGCUUAUCUCGUUAUCAUGUACUCGAGCCGAUCUAGCGUGCUUUCGUAGCAAGAUUAUAAGAUAAAUCGCGGAUCGAAGCAGUGGGAGCGCGUCGUCCCGAGUAUUUCGUCGAUCGAAUGCGUAGAUCUUAAUAUGAAAAUGAAAUGUUCGCGAGAAUCGCCGCGUUGUGUUGUUAUUGUAUGCUGAUUGUUACGUUGGGUAUGCGCGGUGAACACCGUGUCGCGGACGCGAUCGAAUUUUUUGGCGCUGUUCAGAAUUUGAGCGUGAUUGUUUUACGCGACGAGAAACACUUAGCGAUCGACAAUGCGUACAGAUCCCUGCAACUAAACGUCUCUUGGCUGGCACCGAACAGUACGAGACGACCAUCGUCUUAUAGCGUUACGAUUACGGACGCUCAAACGGAGGAUAAAGGGUCGGAUACUUCAAAAUGUCCGAGGGGCUCGACAUAUCAUCCGAUAUAUAACGAUAAACAAUACGCUGUGCUGCCAGUAAACAACAUGUCUUCGAUCGAUGUGCCCGAUCUGUACAUCCGACCCAAUUGCACCUAUAAAGUACAAGUAAUCGCGAAUCCGAGGUCCAGGGAUAAACCGGCCGAAGUACUCUACACCGUUCCAGAAUGCAUCGACCGGAAGUGCAGCUGCAUGAACGCAACUUCAACGUUGCCUGUGCCAAAAUUGAACGUUACUCAACGAGAAAACGAGGUGACUCUGGAUUGGAGCACCGCCUCCGAUACUUCAAAAGUCCAUUAUUAUGUAAUUAGCGUCGGUGUGCCGCUGCUGACUUCGAAGAAAGGUAUACCGAUUUACAAUGUAAUGGAAGUUGGACGUGUAACUGCGGGGAGGAGCAGCUUCUCGUGGAACACAAGAUCCAAUGAUCAACGCACAGAGCUUAGAGACAGUUACAUGUUGAUGGUCCACGCCUUGGACGACCGCGGUUGUUCUGGAGCAAAUGGAACGUUACUGAUGAGCUCCGAAUUCGCUAAUAACGUGAAAUGGUUGAUAUUCGUUGCGGUAAUAGGAGCUUGUUGCGUACUGUUCGCUGUUUUCAGCUACUUCGUGCUGGCCCACAAUAUAUAUUGCGCAACAUAUUACAGCAAGAAAGCUCGGAUACACACCAUCUCUAAGUGCAAGACUCAGUGGGCUGAGACGGUUCUUCGGAAGAGAAACAUUUUAUACUUCCGACCGGAGUCCGAGAACGAGCAGAAAGGAGAAACGGACGCAUUGGAUGCACCCUUUAAAAGUGUUAUGCUGAUACGCGAGUUGGGCAAUGGACACUUUAGCAAGGUGUAUCUUGGCCGUCUGGACGACGCCACCGAUACUCUGGUUGCCGUGAAAAUGUCUCAGAGCGAUCACGCCUCCGUCGAGUCGGAAGCGCGUCGACAAUUCCUAGAGGAAAUUGAGAUAAUGAAGAAGGCAGGGACCCAUCCGCAUUUGGUAAGCCUCAUUGGCUACUGCGUUCGACCGGACAAACCGAUAUGCAUUCUUCUCGAGUACAUGCAAGGCGGGGAUCUGCUGUCUUAUUUGCAUUUGCAACGAAAGUGUCGUGCCAAGAAACACGCUCACGAAAAUGGGGACACGUUUGAAAAUUUAUCCGAAACAAGCAUUUCCAAGACAGUCUACGCGAACUUGAGCUCUGCGGUGUUUAAUAAAACUUAUAUGAAUACUUUCGAUGCUCGCUGGAAGAAGGAGGACUGUUCGUGUGAAACAGACAAGCUCCAAUUCUUGAAGUUUGCUAGAGAAAUUGCCAUGGGUAUGGAAUAUUUGGAAAGCAAACAAAUUGUCCACAGAGAUUUAGCAGCGAGAAAUAUUCUCGUUGGAGCAGAUAACACUUUGAAGAUUUCAGACUUUGGCCUCUCGCGCAGCGGUAUAUACGUCAUCAGAAGUUGCAAAGGCAAAACACACCACCUUCCUAUUAGGUGGAUGUCACCGGAGGCUCUGCGUGACCGCUCAUUCUCGUCGAAAAGCGACGUCUGGUCUUUUGGAGUAGUAUUAUGGGAAAUCUGCACAUACGGUGCUUUCCCCUAUUCAAACGUGCAGGACGACCGUUUAUCGAGCUAUAUAGUUAAAGAGAAUGGACGUUUGGAGCAACCCGACGAUAUCUCUCAUGACAUUUACAACGUAAUGCGUUCGUGUUGGAUUACGGAGCCCGAGAACAGGCCGAAUUUUAUGCAGCUGCUUUUGGAGCUACAUAACCUAACAAAUUCGUGCAUUACCUCACAACGAUCGACAUCUAACUGUUACGCGCUGUCAAUUUAAGUGGAUAUACUUGAAGUCCGAGCAAGUUUAACAUGUAUACCGUCGAGUUUCAGAUUAAAUUCAAUUUGGAGAAAAUCAAACGUUCACUUACAAAUUGCUGUCAAUGUCGGUGAGCAACGAUCGGGACGCUUCCAAUUGGAGAGAAUCGAAUCAAUCGAUGGGCAAACUUAAUUUUGAUUUGCCACGGCAAUGUCGUUUUUUAUGUAUGCGUAUGAUGAUAACGGAACAGCUGAACCUAUCCCACUCUUACUGUAAGGGCAUUACGUCAAAUAUAAAUACAAAACCUGACCUGA